AUGGCACCAGUUGAGGAAGUCGAAAGACGAACGGAGAUGCUAAAAAAGUAUCUAUCAGAUGUCAAUGAGGAGACUGUACCGGAUAUGGUCAAUAAUUGGCCGACCGUUGGGAUCGAACCUAAUAGUAUACCCCCCGAGUUACUAGAGGAUGUGCAGGUCAAAAACGAGGGCGAAGGACUAACUAAAGAAGAAGGCCAGUCGAAUCAAGUAAACAACCAAAUUAUCGAAGAGAUACAGAUGUCGAGAAAUGACCCUAUGCAGGGACCCGAGUUUGACAUGGCGUAUCGUGAUAAUACACCAAUAGGUGAAAAUUUAUGGGAUCCGCGGCUAUUUGGCAGUAAUCCGUAUAUGGCUAGGUGGCAACCAUUAAUACCCGAACCUAUGUAUCAUGGCCGAUAUUAUAACUCCCAUGACCAGGCUCUGGAGAACCAACAGCGAUCACAUCAAUCGCUUGCAAAUGGUGAGCGUAUGUUGGGUAUGCAAGAAGAUUUUCCUAGAAUGUUGUCGGAGAUAUAUAACACUCAGGCUUACGGAGGCCAAGUGGAUGAACCUGAUUCUGGAAUUCAGCUUCCAGGAUACGGUCAAGAUGUCGUGCCAGAUAUUGACAACAACGAAGCUAAUCUGUAUCAAGAGCCCCAGUUGGGAAGAGUGGGAAUGGGAAGAGGAGGGAAUCCAAGUUCAAGCAACGAUCAAUAUAUCCAAUCUGGUGAUGAGAUAGUUCCAGAUCAGCAACUAUUGGAGGAGGAGUAUUCACCAUUAGACGAUGGUGAUUUCUUCGCGGAUGACGAAAACUCGGGGGGAACUCGCCUUUCGGAGUUCUAA